CCGACGGAUAAUGGACGUUGCUCCUCCUCCUCCUCGUCCACCGCCGCCGUCGCCGUCGUCGCUGCUGCCGCCCUCGCCGCCGCUGCUGCCGUCCUCUCCGCGCGGGCCUUACCCGGUCGCGCACCGCUCCUUCACCUCGCCGCUCUUUGACCGGAGCAACCGCCGCAUCGACGUCGUCUACCCUGUCCUCCCCGAGGGCUCGACUCGCACCUUCCCGUACAUUGCCUACGCGCACGGGUUUGACGACACGGGCUUCCAGUCGUACUGGCGCCUCUUCUCCGACCUCGCCUCGUGGGGCUACGUGGUGGGCGCGCCCCUCGCGUGCCAGUUUGGCUGCGACGACCGCGCGCACUGCAAGACCCUCCCCUUUGACCCGCCCUGCUUUGGCGACUACUACAAGCAGCAGCUUCUCUCGAUAGAGUGGUCGAGGGGCGGUGCCGCCGCCGCCGCGGGCCUGCCGAUCAACGUCAGCGCGGGCGUCGGCGUCGCGGGACACUCGAUGGGUGGCCAGGCGACCAUCUUUUCUGCGGCGUACAACGGCAGCUCGCACCGGAUCCAGGCGGCGGCGAUGCACCAUGCCUACACGCACAGCUACCCUCCGAUACCGAGCGUGCCCUUCCUGCUCUUCACCGGGACGCACGAUGCGGUGGCGCCGCCGCGCUUCGCGCAGCGCCAGUACGACGCGUCGAGCGCCAACCCGCGCCGUGGCCUCGUCAACAAGGACGGCGCCGACCACCACGAGCCCUCGAUGCACUACAACCCCUUCCUCGCCCUCGCGUCGGCCGCGUGGUUCAAGGUGUACCUUGAUGGCACGCCCGACGCGCCGCUCGGGCCGACGACGGCGCAGCAGCUCCUCUUUGGGGGGGGCGGGGCCAGCCUCUGCGGCGGCGGCGACGGGCGGAUGGCGAAGUGCGUGAUGCCGGAGAACGCGACGGCGCGGCGGCGCGAGGCGGGCAGGGCUGGGGGCUGGGGGCGUGUUGGCGGUCUUGAGAGAGCUGGCCGGCCGGGUGGGUUCGCGGACCUCCGCACCGUUCCCCACAGAGACACAUAGGUGACGCCGCUCUCGCCCACGCGCGCGCGCACUAGGCUACUUGCACUUUACUGUUUACACAUAAUGUGGGGCUGCUUGUCCCUGCGCGCGCGCUGCCGCGCUGGCCGCUGCGGUGUGCCCGCCCGGGAGCCCGGAAGUGUGCCGCAUGCGCGCGUGUGGCAGUGGGUGAGGGUGUGCACCGCGAUCCGCCGCGCGGUGACCCUGUCGGGGGUCGCGCCCCCGCGCCCGGCCGUGAGCUUUAUUAUUUUCUUCUAUCCGGCUUUUGUG